CCUGUCGUCCCUCCAUCCACCAGAGAAGAGAGCAGAGCUUGAGCUGAGCUGAAAACACAGUAGCUUGGAGGAGUAGAGAGCUCAAGGGAGAGGCAGCAAUGUCGAAGGAGGUGAGCGAGGAGCCGGAGCACGCGCCGGCGAGGAAGGACUACGCAGACCCGCCGCCGGCUCCCCUCCUCGACCUGGGCGAGCUCCGGAUGUGGUCCUUCUACCGCGCGCUCAUCGCCGAGUUCGUGGCCACGCUGCUCUUCCUCUACAUCACCGUGGCCACCGUCAUCGGCUACAAGGUGCAGUCCGCCGCCGACCAGUGCGGCGGCGUGGGGGUGCUCGGCAUUGCCUGGGCCUUCGGCGGCAUGAUCUUCGUGCUCGUCUACUGCACCGCGGGGAUCUCCGGCGGCCACAUCAACCCGGCCGUCACCUUCGGGCUGCUGCUCGCGAGGAAGGUCUCGCUGCCCCGCGCCGUGCUCUACAUCGUGGCGCAGAGCGCGGGAGCCAUCGUGGGCGUGGGCAUCGUGAAGGGCAUCAUGAAGGACGCGUACAUGGCCAACGGCGGCGGCGCCAACAUGGUGGCCACCGGGUACUCCCGCGGCACGGCAGUGGGCGCGGAGAUCGUGGGUACGUUCGUGCUGGUCUACACCGUGUUCUCCGCCACCGACCCCAAGCGCAGCGCCAGGGACUCGCAUGUCCCGGUCCUUGCGCCGCUCCCCAUCGGGUUCGCCGUCUUCAUGGUGCACCUCGCCACCAUCCCCAUCACCGGCACCGGCAUCAACCCCGCCAGGAGCCUCGGCGCCGCCGUCAUCUACAACAAGAAGGCGGCGUGGGACAACCACUGGAUCUUCUGGGCGGGGCCAUUCGCCGGAGCGCUGGCGGCGGCGGCGUACCACCAGUACAUCCUCCGGGCGGCGGCCAUCAAGGCGCUCGGCUCCUUCCGGAGCAGCCGGAGCAACUGAUACGGCCGGCCGGCCGGUAAAUUAUUGCAACGGUCACCUACCAGUACCCACCGCGCUACAGCAGCUAGCGUAGUGGGCGUGGCCGUGGCUCGGUAGGCCUAGGGUCCGUCCUGUUGUUGGACCAUGUCAGUGUUUGUGCAUGUGAGUGAGAGAAAGCUCCCAGGGAGCGGGGACACAGGCCAGCUGCUGCAUUAUUCGUGGAUCGUCGUUUUCACCCUUCAAUUAUUUCUCGUCGCUGUUAAUUUACUUAUUAGUUACUGGUGCUAGUUUGGAAUCUAUCGUGCUGUAUGAAUUAUUGUUUGGUCGAUGACAUUGUGGCACGCCUGUAAACCCGCUGUGAGAAUUGAACAUUGUCUGAUGCAUGCGUGCUA